AUGCCUAAACGAAAGCUACCCGAAGGAGAGAAAAAUAAGGAGAAUUUAGAAAUCGGAUGGAUUCCAAAAGCAGCAGAAAAAUUUUAUGAAAAAUAUCCGGAAUUAGUGAAAUGUGAGGAAUUUUGAGAAGAAAGUUUGAAAUCUUGGAAUAUUUAGCUUCGAAAAGAAAAGUGCAACAUUCCAGCUCUCCAAUUCGUCGGCCCAUUUCGAGUUCUAAAUGGCGAAAUCAAAAAAUCUCGCGACAAUUUGGAAAUUGCAUUUUUGGACAGAUUCGCCACUGAUUUACCCGAAAUGCAAACAUUUCUAUUAACCGAAAAAGGAAGAUAUUGUUUUUGGAGGUAUAUUCUCGCGAAUUCUCUAUUUUAAUUCAAAAAAAAUGCAAAUUUCCAGAGAUUUCCCAAAUCAAGCAGAUCCUUUGAUUGUUUUUGCUGUGAACUCGCCUGCGACUUUUCCCGACAUCAAAAUUGUUGGAAAUCGCAUCGAACACGCGAUUCAUCAUGGAAAACUCGCAAAAUCCCUGGAAGAUGACGCAAAAUCACUAGAAAAAGAGAUGCGACAAUGUCGCGAUGCGCGAAUUCGCGCAAAAAUGGGCGAAACAUCGCAUGAACCUGGAAUUUGGGUGAAAAUGAAGGGAAAUGUUGGAUAUCGAUGUCUUUUUCAUAGUGCAAGUAAGUCGGUUUUUUCACAGCGAUUAAUUUUAUUUUUAAUUAUAAUUUUUACAGAAAAACUGCGAGUGACGCUGGAAAAAAUCGCAAAAUCGCAGGAAAUCGACGAAAAUUCGCAGAAAAUUUUGGACGAAGAAUUUCGCCAUCUGCAAAUCGCCAACGAUGAAAUGGACUUUGGAAUGGGACUCGAAUUGGGACAUUUAUUGUUUUUGGCGAAUUCCGAAAAGGUUGGCUAUUCUAUUUUUGCCAACGCGAAAAAAAAUCGCUGAAGUUUCAGGUCAAAUCAAUGAUGAUGUUUUCGAUGAAAAUGGCCUACACAUUUUUGAAGCGAAAAGAAUUUUGGCAAAUUUUGGAGGAGACUUUGAAAAUUCGAGAGACAUUGUGA